UGUGCUGAUAAAAUUAUAAUUGUGAAAACAAAAAAGAAGUAUGAAGUCGUUUUUCUUCUUAUCGCUUUUAUCAUUUGCAAUUUCUGUUCAGGUAAUCAAAGGACAAGAAAUGACAUUUGCUACAAUAUUGAAUAAAUUGUAUACUGAAGGUGAAGGUAAAGUUGAAAUCCGGUCAAGUUUCGAUUGUAUUCUUAGGAUUUCCAAUAAAGUCGAUGUACUAAAAAAGAAAUUGGAAUCGUCUUUAAAGGAAAUUAUAGGUAGCAAUACUGUCGAAAAUGUGGAAAAUCACAUUCCGGAGGACUUGAUGAUUUCAUUAGCUAAUGGCAAUGUAAACGGUCGUCAAAAACUGCUUCGUGUGAUCGAUUUAGUUAAUGUUCAACAGCUCAUGUCGGUUGUUAGACUAACGAACGUUAUUAUUGAGAAAAUGUCCUUUCAACCCGAUCCAAAGGAUUUAAAUGCAUUUUGUUCGUUUAAAAGAUGGUAUAAACGACCGAUUGGCGUAGCACAUUUAAAAGAAAUUGAAAAUAGUAUAAUAACAGUCACAACACAGCACGGUGAAUUGCGCAAAAGAUUCGACAAUGAAAUAUUUGAAAUGGAUCAAAUUUCAGCCCAAAUGAAAAAAAUACUCGUUAAACUUAAUGCGUGUAUGGGCGGAGAAUUGAACGUUUGUCAAACAGUGCUUAAGCUUAAAGUUGAACAAGCAGUUAACUUCAUAGAGCAAAUAUACUUGAAACAAGACAAGCUGAUCAAUCGCUAUCAAAGUACACUUAAAAUUCUUGACGAAUACAAUGUGAAACGCAUGGAAUGGACAGAAUUUCUGGUUGGAAUCAGAAAAACUCUUGGUGGAAAUCGAAAACUAUUGCAGAAGGAUUCAUCUUGCAACAUCAUGUAGAAUUCGUUUGGAGAUUGGAUAUUUUUCUGUAACCAUUUUAUUAGCCAGAAAUAUUGUAAAACAUUGUAUUUAUCUUCGAUUUCGUGCAAAUAAACACAUAGAAAAACUUGUGAAUAUAGUUA